CUGCCCAGCGCCUGCCACCCGUCAGCAUGGCCACCAUGCAGAUGCCCCGCGAGGUGGAGGUACGCAUCCGGGCACUCCCCGGGAACAGGGUUUGCGCGGAUUGCGGCAACAAGAACCCGCAGUGGGCGAGCGUGACCUACGGGUGCCUGAUGUGCCUCGAGUGCUCGGGGGCCCACCGAUCCAUGGGGGUGCACCUGUCUUUCGUGCGCUCCGUGGCGAUGGACUCUUGGACCGACCAGCAGCUGCGCGCCAUGGAGCUCUCCGGGGGCAACGAGCAGCUGGUCCAGUACUUCGGCUCCAACGGCAUCGAGAAGGGCACGAGCAUCCGGGAGAAGUACGGCAGCAGGCCGGCGGAGAUCUACCGCGACCGGCUGGCGGCCCUCGUUCGCGGCGAGGAGGCGCCUGGGUGCGAGCACGGCGGCCGUAGCGAGGCGCUCGCUCCCGGCCCUGCCCGCAGCGCCUCCUGCUCCACCGCCGCCUCCUCCGGCAGCCCCGCGAGCCCCAGGAGCGCGAGGGACUUCAACUUCGACGACUUUGAGGAUUGGUUCGGGGAGGCGUGCAGCGCCACCGCCAGACCGAGGGCGCCCGCGCAGCAGCAGCAGCAGCAGCAGCAGCAGCAGCAGCAGCAGCAGCGCGCGCCGCCCGCGGCGCCCGCGGCCGCUCGGGUUGCACAGCCGGGGGCGCGGCGGCUAGCCGAGGAGCCCAAGCCGGCGCAGGCACCCGAGGAUCAGGGGACAUGGAGAUCCUGGCCAUCAAGCGCAUGGACCUCAAGGCCGCACCGGCCAGGCCGAAACUGCGCGUGGAGCCGCCUGUCGGCGACGACUUCUUCGCGUCUUUUGGCCUGA